GUCUCAACCGGAGCGCUGUUUUUUUAUUAUUAUCAUUACGGGGCGAGUCUAUUUUAAUUACAAACCAACGUUUGCUGUAGUCCGGGCGCUGAGCUGUAAUAACACGUGUAUGUUUGGAACAUACACAGAAACUUUUACGAUGAUAAUACUGCACAAAUGUUCCAAAAGUGACGUUUAGGAACAUUUUGCAGGAAGUCAUCUCAGUGAAUGGCUUGAGGAAGCUCCAGACGACGACGCUGUGUACCUGAAUAUGACCAGCCUUCCCUGUCGUGCACAUUGAUCAAUAAACAGUAAAAACUAUCUAAAAAUGAAGAAGCUAAGAAGACGAAGUUGUCAGAUUGCAUUCAGCAGAGGCAGAGGACGGAGAAGUUCCUCCAACCACACAGACCAGCAUAUUCUUCUCCGCUCUCCCUCCCCAUGUAGACUCAAUUUCUCCAUGUCUAGAGACACACUCACAUAUGCUCAGUCUCAAAAACUGGUGGAGGUAGAGCUCCAGGGCAGAGUUCAUCGGAUCAACAUUUCUGACCCACUCAGAGUCAUCACAGAGGAUGAGAUGCUGGCACAGGACAUAGCAGAGUGCAACAGCAACAAAGAGAACAGUGAGCAGAUUGCAAGCUAUACUCAGCAGGACCACACAGUCUCCUCACCAAAGGACAGGAGAAAAGACAGUAAGCAUAGCAGCAGGGGCAGACGCUCUGGUGGCCAACACUACACCCACAACCAUUUUAGCUCAGCUCAUCACACUCAGUUAGUGAGCCCUCUACCUAAGCCCAACUUCCACAGGGUGGACACCUACUCGCCAUCUGAGGCUUGUCCUCUUCCUGUGGCCUACUACCGCUACAUUGAGAAGUCCAGUGAAGAGCUGGAGAUGAAGGCAGAGUAUGACAUGGAUGAGGAAGACAUGGCUUGGCUGGAGAUCGUCAAUAAAAAACGUGUGUCUGAUGGGCAUGCCUCAGUCCCUCCUGACACAUUUGAGUUAUUGAUUGACAGGUUGGAGAGAGAAUCCAUUCUGGAGUCCCGGAGCCAAGCCUUGUCCCAGAGCCCCAUUGACGAGGAUGCAUUCUGCUGUGUGUGUCUGGAUGACGAGUGCCUUAACAGUAAUGUCAUCCUGUUUUGCGACAUUUGCAACUUGGCUGUGCACCAGGAAUGUUACGGAGUGCCCUAUAUACCUGAAGGCCAGUGGUUAUGUCGCCGCUGCUUACAGUCCCCCUCCCAGCCUGUGGACUGUGUUCUUUGCCCAAACAGGGGAGGUGCCUUUAAGCAGGCCAGCGAUGGCCGCUGGGCCCAUGUAGUUUGCGCUAUCUGGAUACCCGAAGUUUGCUUUGCUAACACAGUAUUCCUAGAACCUGUAGAAGGUGUUAAUAACAUUCCCCCUGCAAGAUGGAAACUCACUUGCUACCUGUGCAAGCAGAGAGGGAGGGGGGCAUCUAUUCAGUGCCACAAGGCCAACUGCUACCGAGCAUUUCAUGUUACCUGUGCUCAACAGGCUGGGCUCUUCAUGAAGAUUGACCCAGUGCGUGAGACUGGCACCAACAACACCACAUUCACUGUGAAGAAGACUGCCUUCUGUGGAAACCAUUCUCCUCUUGGAGCACAAGUGGGGUACAGUGAAGAGGGUGGAGGAUUUGUAGGAGGUAGGGGUCAAAGGUCAUAUACUUUAGUUAAGCAAAAUCAGCAUGGGAGCAAAAAGGGUUUGGUUACAAAGCAAGAAAAGAAGACAAGAAAAAGCUCAGAUGGGGUGUCACGGAAGUCGACAGUGCCUCUACUCCUUGUGCCCCAAAUCCCAUCCUACAGGCUUAAUAAGAUUUGCACAGGUGUGCCAGUACAGAGGAAGAACCAGUUCAUGCAGAGGCUUCAUAAUUAUUGGUUGCUAAAACGUCAUUCUCGUAAUGGAGUUCCACUCAUCCGUCAGCUGCACUCACACCUCCAGGUUCAGCUGAAUACAGAGAGUGAGCCAGAUGCCAAGGUCCAGGCUUUGCGGGUGGAGCUGAAAUACUGGCAGAAGCAGCGGCAGGACCUAGAGAAAGCUCGACUUUUAAUCGAACUCAUCCGUAAGAGAGAGAGGCUCAAACGUGAACAGCUAAAACUGCAGCAGGUGACACUGGAGCUCCAGCUCACUCCAGCCUUAGUACUACUGCGCUCCACUCUAGAGCAACUGCAAGAGAAAGACAGUGCUUGCAUCUUCAUUUCUCCUGUCAAUUUGUCUGAGGUUCCAGAUUAUCUGGAGUUUGUUUCUGAGCCCAUGGACUUCUCCACCAUGCGUAAGAAGCUGGAGGCACACAAGUACUGCUCUGUGGCAGAUCUGGAAGCUGACUUCAACUUAAUGGUGUCAAACUGCCUACGGUACAAUUCCAGUGAUACAGUGUUCCACAAAGCUGCUAUGCAACUCAAGGAGGUGGGUGGAGCCAUCUUGCGGCAUGCCCAGCGCAAGGCUGUCAGCAUAGGCUUCGACCUUUCCACAGGGAUGCAUCUUCCCGAUGACAACAAAGUGAACUCCAGCUGGAGCAAGGUUGAUGUUCUUCUGGAUCCUGGAAAUAGAUUCCACAUGUCUCCAAAGGACCAGCUGAAACAGCUGCUUGAAAAGCUGGACAUGGUGACAUCCAUGUGUGCCAGCGGAGGACGCACGAAACGGCUGCGAAUGCUGCGCAGGGAAAUCAACAGUAUUCGGCACAAGCUCAACCACCAGAGGCGCACUUCACGACUGCUCAGUGGCAACAUUAAAAAGGAAGACAAGCAUGAGGAGGAAGAUCAGAAUGAAAAAAUUAAUUAUGGAACAGCCAUUCCAGAAUCCAAAAAAUCUACAAAUCAAAAAACUCAGGAGUCCACGUGUCUCGACUCCUCUCCUUUACCAGGGGAUGCCCCACCAAAUGCUUCAGUCUUCCGCCUGGAAACAGGAGGGAUGACCACCCAUGGCCAGUUUUAUAAACAGCAAGGAAGCAGAGGCAAGGGGAGAGGUAGAGGUAAGGCAAAAACUCCCACUAAGGCUCCUGCCCAUACAGAAACAGAUAAUAAACUCCAUCUAAAGGAACGACACACACUAUCCGUGUCCUCUCUGGAUGGUUCGCCUUUUUUGCCCAAGUUGGGUGUAGGCCGUCGUACAUCCGUACUAUUCAAGAAAGCUAAAAAUGGAGCCAAACUGACCAAAAGCAAGCUGUUUUCACUCCAGAACAGAGUCAGCGCUGACCAACCAAAUGAAAAACUGCAAGAUCAAAGAUCUCAGACGAGCCAGCUUUGCACACCACCAACCUCAAAAUCUCCAUCCAAAAAGAAUGGAUUGACCAAGGCUCUUUGUCAGAACAAUAGUGUCCCAGAGUCAGAGAGCUGCUCUACUUCUUAUCAAAACAACAUCAGAAAUAGUUCUUCACCUUCCAGACUUAGUCAGUGCAAACCAUCUUUAAACAAGGUCCCAGCAGGUGUGGGUGGGAACACAAAGGCUGAUUCAGUGACAAACCUGGAGCCUCUCAGCUUGGUUUGGGCUAAAUGCAGGGGCUAUCCGUCAUAUCCUGCAAUGAUGAUAGAUCCUGGCAUGCCCAAAGAAGGAAUCCUUCCUAAUGGCAUUGUAAUCCCAGUACCACCUCAAGAUGUGCUGAAACUGGGUGAGCGCAUACAGAUGGAGACUGAAGACAAGCUAUUCCUUGUGCUGUUUUUCGACACAAAAAGAACUUGGCAGUGGCUACCAAUAGGCAAACUCCAUCCAAUGGGAAUUGAUGACACUGUGGAUAAACUUCAUCUGAUGGAAGGCAAAAAGCCAAAUGUGCGGAAGUCUGUACUCAUGGCAUAUGAACGAGCAAUGAGGCACCUCAGCCAUGUGCAUGAAAACGUGAACUUCAGGCCCUCCUCUUUCAUUCAAAGCACUUCACUGUGACAUACAACUCAAAAAGACUGUUGUGUAGUGGUACUGGAAAAUGAAUCUUUAGAAAUGUCAAUAGAUAUCUUAUAUUAUGUGUCAGCAUGAUAAUAUACAUGCUGUGAAAAGAAGUCAGGUAUCUUUUUCUCAUGCAGUGGUCCAGGGUCUUUCUGAUCCUUACAUAGGCCCUUUUUGUUUGACUGAUAUCAAGCAAUUUAAAAUGUGCUGACCAACUAUAAAAAGGUAAAACUAAAAUAUAGAUAUCUGCACUGACUGUUACUGGUUACAAUUAGGCCUAAAUGCAGCCUUUUUGUUGAGAUGGAAUUAAUAAAAAAAAAAACAGACAAACAUUAAAAACAAAUAGUGUGAUUAAAAAGUUUAACUGACUAGCAUGCUGUAUUGUACAAAUGCAAACAAAUUGGAUUGAUUUAUGUGGAUAGAGGCAAUGUGCAGAUAAAUGAAGACUGCCUACAUAGAUUACUAGUUUGAUUGUGUGUGUGUGUGUGUGUGUGUGAGAGAGAGCUAUAAGCCAUAACAUUAAAACCAUUAAUCUUAUAUAGUGUAGGUCCACCUUGUGCUUUAAAAAAAGUUCUGACACACUGAGGCACUGAGUCUCCAUAACACAUCUGAAGGUGUUCUGUGCUAUCUUGUGGUAUUAGCAGUAGAUCCUUAAGUCCUGUAAGUUGUGAGGUGGGACCUUCAUGAAGCAGACUUGUUUGUCCAGCACAUCCCACAUACGCUUGAAUUGAUUGAGAUCUGGGGAAUCUGGAAGCCAAGUCAACACCCUGAACCCUUUGUCAUGUUCCUUAAACCAUAUCUGAACAAUAUUUGCAGUGUGGCAGCACAUUAUCCUGCUGAAAAAAAGCCCACUACCAUUAGGGAAUAGCCUUGCCAUGAAGGGGUGUACUUUGUAUGCAACCAUGUUUGGGUAGAUGGUACAUGCAUUUUUCAUUUAGCACAUCCCAGCUGUCCACAUGAUGAAAAUGUGAUUCAUCAGAUAUUUGUGUGGGAUUAGACCAAACCCAUGUGCACCAGUGAGCCUUGGACCUCAUGAAUCUCUCACUGAUUUAUUAGUUGUCUUUCCAUGACCACUUUUUGUAGGUAUCUGGGAGAUGCUUUGAUGCAGUUUGGACACAGUUUGGCCCUUUUGUCAAAAAUAUAUAUAAAUAUAUAUAUUCCACUCCUUUACAGGUGCCCUUGUAAUGAGAUCAGCAGAAUUAUUCAUGUAACCUGUCAGUGUUUUAAUGUUAUGGCUGAUUGGCUUGUGUGUGUGUGUGUGUGUGUGUGUGUGUGUGUGUGUGUAUACACUACCAGUCAAAAGUUUGGACACACCUUUUAAUUCAGUGUUUUUUUGUUUAGGGAUUUAUUUUCUACAUUCUAGAACAAUACUGGAGAUUUCAAAACUAUGAAAUAACACACAUGGACUUAAGUAAUCCGUAUGUAAUACCAACAAAAAACAGUCAGUUGUUAUUUUAAGACAGGAAGGUCAGGUGUUCUGGAAUAGUUCUUGCAAGAACAGUAUUGUCAAGUGCAUUUGCAAAACCCAUCAAGCACCAUAAUGAAACUGGCUCACAUGAAGACCAUCCCAGGAAAGCAAGACCAAAAUUUACCUCUGCUGCAGAGGGGAAGUUUAUUUAGAGUUACCAGCCUCAGAAAUCACCAGUUAACAGCACCUCAGAUUAGAGCCGUUAUAAAGGCUUUACAGAGCAUAAGUAGCAGACAUCUCAAUAUCAACUGUUCAAAGGAAUUUCAGUAUUUGUGUAUUUCGGCCUACCUUCAGCAUUGUUUUACAGUGUAGAAAGAAAUAAACAUCAGGAAAGACCAUGGAAUUAGAAGAUGUGUCCAAACUUCUAGUAGUGUGUAUAAUUAUAUAUAUAUAUAUAUAUAUAUAUAUAUAUAUAUAUAUAUAUAUAUAUAUAUAUAUAUAUAUAUAUAUAUAUAUAUAUAUAUAUAUAUAUAUAUAUAUAUAUAUAUAUAUAUGAGAGAGAGAAAGCUCUGGGAAAACAAAUGAGACCACUGCCAAAUCUCCAGAUUGGAAUGUCAUCAAGAGGAAGAUGGAUGGUCACAAACCAUCAAGCAAAGCUGAGCUGUUUGCUUUUUUGCAAAAAGAGUGGUAUAAAAGUUUCCCAACAGCAAUGUGAGAAACUGAUGGAGUGCAUGGAGCCAAAACACAUGCAAAUCAGGGUUAUUCCACCAAAUACUGAUUUCUUAAUGUUAUUUAGCCAAAGCAUUAACACAAUUUGUUUACAAAUUAUUUGCAUUUUGUUUUAUUUGAGUUAUUAAAGCUCUGCAAAUACUG